AUGUUAGGAACUAACAAAGACCCCAGAACGGCCCAUACCAACAGAAAUGACUACGAGCUUUUCCUGCAAGCCUUUCAGAAACCCACUCAAAUAUACAAACUUCUUGGCUACAGGCACUGUGUCAAUCCUCUGUUCCUGCACCGCACAUUGUCCUACAUGAGACACAGACAUGUUCCAGUUAGGAGACAGCACAAAUCAAUAGAGACACUUGUUAAAGAGCUCAACAAAAAGGCAACCGCUGAGGAGCGGAACAAAUCUAGAGAGGGCAGCUACAAAAUCUCCAUCACUGGCAUCGACAAUAAAACAAACCCAGCAAAGAGCACAGAGACGUACGAUAUCCAGCUGUUUUUACAUAAGAUAACCAACAAAGACAAAUCGGAGAAGACUGUUGGGAGGAAGCUAACUUUACAACAUAAACUACAAAUUGUACAACUUUUCGAGAAAAAUCCGAACUUGGCGGUGUCAACUGUCGCUAGAGAUUUCGGACACAGUCACAGCACCGUACGGCUUAUUAAAAGUCAAUCAGAGGAGAUAAAACAAGCUGCUGAAACUGAUGCGUCCAGCGAGACAGUAGCAUCUGAGGUGCCCGGCGAGGAGACGCCGAUAGCUAACCUCAAGUUAACUGUGAACGACAAGAAGAGCGCGGCUCGGUCCCCCUCCAAGAUACCCUCCGUAACAACGAUCAGGUGCUCCACUCUCACUAAACACUCUUCCGGACAAGGCUGCAUACUGGAGUUCAGGGUCCUCCUCAGAUCUGCUAAAUCUACUUCUAAAGAAAACACGCCGUCUAAAAAGAGGAGAUGUGUAGAGGAAUGGUACUCAGCUGAGCUAGUUGUACAGAAUGAUACCGGUACUACUGUCCUAGGUGAUGGUAGCUACACACUGUUCCUGCGACCUGUCGUCACUGAUUCUUGGAAACCUUCACAAGUGUCCUGGGAAACUGUCUCUCCUAAAGAAGAAGAGUCGUUCAUUAAAUCAGACGGAUUGGAGGAGGACGACAUUAACAACUGCUGCAGCAUCUCAUUCGACGUUAAGACGGAUAGUUGCGAUGUGAGCUCUCUGUCACCUAAGAAGUCACUGUCCCCUAAGAAAGCUAAGAAAGGGGUUGAUGUGCCCUCACUGAAGUCUGAAGAAGCAAAAGGAGUGUUAAUGUACAACUUUCUGUACAACGGUAACACUUUACAGCAGACAGAAUGUCGGAAGAACAGAGUGUGUCCCUGGUGUUCACUAAACUGCAAAAAGUUAUACAAUUUACUAGAACACAUAACUAGAUGUCACCCUCGCUUCAAAGUAACUUUUAUACCAGGUCUGAACGGGUUUGACGAGUUAGACGUUGAAGUAAACGAGCUGGUGAGUAUGUCACAUCUCCCUCGCCCCGAUGAGAUCUGUACUGUCCCUAUAUUUAGCGGUCCUAACAAACGUGAACCUUUCCAGUUACAGAUGCUCGGAUCGUUAGUUCGGGAGACACGUAGCAAGUCUGAUUUCAUGGUUAUCGAUAUCGCACCUUACAAACCGCCUCACUCCAGACUCUACUUUCACUCCAAAUCUUAUGAGCCGAUCCUACCUCACGAGUUUGAGUAUGAUAGCGAGCGCGAGGAGAGCAUGUCCUGGAUGACAGAGAAGACUAAACAGCUAAUACAAGACUUCACGGACGUGAACGAGGCUGAGAAAGCUAUUAUGAUUAUGUGGAACUGCUUUAUCUUGCCAAAGAGGCCGCUAGCAGACCACCAGGUUCCGAGUUUGGUACGCGAGUUCGUGGGACAACAAGGCGGAGAGAUAUUAAAGCGGGGAUUGGUGAAGAACUUGAUUCUACACCUCACCAAUCUACACAGUUUUGGUUUGCUGAAAGCAGAUGAUAUAGAGUGUGUAGUGUUAGGACUCUACGAUAAGGAGGCGACAUCUGCCGGGACCAAACAUAUUCCUCAAUCUAAUGUUGUGUCCGAUUCAAAUGUAGCAGCUGUUUAGACUUCUUUUGUAGAAGCCUGUGUGCUUUCAUAAUUAAUUUGAAAUGUGCUUGAACUUUAUUUGUGAAAGUAAAGUUUCCUGAAACUCACGAUCAACGAUAUUUUGUAGCUCAAAAUCCGAUGCUGGGCACUUUUUAAAUAAGUUUAAAUAUUUUUAUAGAUUCGAUUGUCAAGUCAGCUGCUCGAAGGGGAUUUACAAGUUGCAACGCUUUAUUUUUCUUUCAUGACUUAUAUUUGAAAUUCGUUUAGCAGAUAUUUAUCCCCCCAACCGCGUGUUAUUAUUUUGUAGUUCUGAAUAAUUCAUAUUAUAAUCGAGAUUUGAUGGUCCACACCGUAGGUUCUAUUUAUUUUAACCUACUUUUG